AUGCAUCUGCUACUGUUUAUCCCACUCUGCCUCAGCCUGUGUUCCACUGUGCUGAGUGCAGCUGUCACUCCUCCAUGUGCAUCAGUGUAUAAAGGCUUUGCUGAAUGUCUGCUGACUCUGGGAGACAGUGUGAACACUCAGACGGACAAUACACAGGACAUCAAUUCCAUUUGCAAGUCGUGGGAUGCUUUCCAGGUGUGUGUGAGCGGCGUGCUGUCCAACUGCCGUGGUGACGCAGCAGAAGUAUGGGAAUCUUUGAGGGCGGAGUCUAGGAAAGCACAGUUCUCUGGGAAUCUUUAUGACAUGUGCGCCAGCCGCAACCAAGCAGCCACUCCAACAGUUCCACCCAACCCCCAAAGUACAGACCAGACCAAUCAGGAGUCUCUCAAAGGACUUGCACCUCAUUUUGGGUACACCUAUGGCAUACAGCUUUUCUCAGCAUGCUUCUCUCUGCUGUUCUUAAGUCAUCUUUAG